AUGAAUCCCCAAAAAAUUACUAAAAAUAAAAAUGAUCAUCAUGUGCCCAGUAAUUUUGAAAUGGAGGAUUUAAGGGGUAAGGCUCUAAUAUUAGUUUUUAUAGUGGUUUCUCAAGAGAUUGCAAUCAAAGAGUUCUAUCAUUUUAUUGAAAAAACAUCUUUUAUUUAAGAAAAUUUUGAAAUGUUAUCUAAAGUUGGUGAUAAUUUAAGGUUGGAUUUUAAAGAUUGGCCGACAGCUGAAUAGGCUAUUGUAUUAUUUAAGCUUAAUCUGUACUGUUAUAUUCAAAUUUUAAGGUAAAAUGGAAGAAAGAAAUCCAUAAAGUGGAGUGAGACCGAAAAAAAGUUGUUUUAUUGGAUAGUAAUCCGAUAUUGUUUAUAUAAAGGGUUGAAGGAUAAUAGAUUUAUAGUAAAUGAUUUAUUAACUUUACAGAAAUAUGAGGAAUGGAGAGAAAUUUCUAAAAUUGUUUUAGGAAGGAAUGCCCAUUAAUGUAGAUUGAAAUGGGAAUAAAGAUAUCGAGUUCCAUUAUCUUAAAUACCUUGGACAGAAUAGGAGGAUUAAUUGUUAUUUUCAGUACAUGAGUAAGAAAUGAUUUGAUAUUUAGAGAGUUUAUGAAAUCGGGCAGGGAGAACAAAUGGUCUCAAAUAGCAAAGGAAAUAUUCAAACAAUCAUCAACCAAAGUAUUUAGAUAGCCGAAAUAAUGUAGAGAGAGAUGGAUAAAUAGAUUGGAUCCAAACAUAUCUAAGUAUCAAAUAUAUAUAAAUUAGUGUGCCUUGGGAUAAAUAAUAAGAGAUCGAUUUAUUGAAGAUGAUUUUGAUAAGAGGUAAGAAAUGGUCUGAAUUAUCUAUCCUAUAUGGUAGGGCCAGGACUGAAAACACCUUAAAAAAUAAAUAUAAUUCAUUGAUAAAGAGAGAGAUUUAGAAAUAAGAGAUUAAUUGUAUUAAUCCAAUCUUAUUUGAGAAAGUAUAAACUUUAAGACAGAGUUAUUCAAAAAAAUAUGGUAUAGCAACACCAAUUGAAGAAAUUGACAACUUCGAAUGCCAAUUUAUUCUCUUAGCUAUUAAAAAUUUAUAUGUGGAACUAUAUUUAUAAGAGGGAAGAAUUGCAGAGGCAUAAAAGAUAAAUAAUGACGAGUUCUUUGAUUACCUUCCCAAUGACUCUUUAUAGGUUAACACUAAUUAAAGAUUUUUAUAUAAGAAGAAUUUGAAUAUUAAAAAGGUUGAUUCCAACUUUUAUGUAAAUAACGAUCAUAGCAGUCUAGUCAUUUUUAACAAAAAAAAUAAUAGAAUCUAUUUAACUCCAUACAAUGUAUUGGAUUUCUCGGAUAUUAUACUAAAUACUAUAUUAAAAAGAGUUAAUCUUGACAAUAAUGCUCUUAAAAAUGUUAAAGAAUAGAGUUCUUCAAUAAAUCAACCUAAUUUUAUAUUUGCAAAUCAAUAAAACUGCAUAAUUCCUUUUUAAUAGAUGUUACAUAACUAUUUAUUUGUUCCAAACUGUUUUGCAUAAUCAAUAUCAUCCUAAACAAGUAAUUCAUUUUAAUUUUGUACUUUGCAAUAAAGUCAGUAAUAUGAUUAAUUGAGAAGUGUUGAUUUAAGCUAUUUAAAAAAUUAAAAAGAUCUGAUUAAUUCUAUAGGAGUAGAUAUCAAAACUGUAGAUUCAAGUGAUGAGAUUUGA